CCCCGUUCCGUUACUCUUUUGUGUGGAGGACUGCUGAAAAGAAUUUGAGGAAAAUGGGGGAAUGCGGAGUAUUUUCACGUUUAAAACCACCAAGGCAUAAUAUUGCUCAUUGUGACCUUUGACACCGAAAAGAGCACAGAGUGACCAGACGAUGUGAGAACAAUGAACGACGACACAACCACUCGGUUCAUCGCAUCCCUUGUGAAAUCUCUACAGUCCUUGUGUCAUGGAUAUGUGGAGUUUGAGAAGAACAUUGAGAUUAUCGGACACAUCUAUCUCAAUAUUGACAGCCAACAGAAAUAUGACUAUGUUGUUAAUGAACAAGUGUGCAAGAAUGACGACGAGUCCCAAGCGAUGUUUGUCAGCAAUAGCUUCCAUGCCCAGCCUCCACGGACCACUGUGAAGACUGCUAGGCAGUGCAAUGCACUUGACCUCAAAAUCCAGUCUGCCAAAGACAAUAUAGGUAUCGACCUUUCCACAUUCCAGACCGAUGUAGGUCAAGGUCGUUCCGCAUCCCGCGAAAGCUCACAAUCACUUUCUGCAGGAUCGGAAACAGGUUCAGUAUCAGGAAAUGUUCCAAAUCGUGAGCCAGGUGCAUCCCCUUCCCUCCACUGUCAAAAUCCAGAACGAUCUGUUUCGAGACGGAAACGACAUUUGCAUGACCUUUCCUCAAAGCCCUCUCCUGAUGUCUCCCCAUCUAGUCGAAUCCGAGACGGGGAGAGGCGCGACCACCAUGACAAUACUUCGUUACGUUCGCAAUAUACUCUUGGUGCUUCUGCCUCCAAGCUCGCUCGGAGGAUAAGUAAUGAACUUGAAAAGCAGGGCUUAGCUACCCCAGCUCAGAUAGACAUUGACGGUGAAAUCCAUGCUCGAUUAUCUGCUUCAAACGAGACUCGUUUUGGUCGCAAUGGCCAAGGUGCAUCUCAGAGACAGUUUUCAGAUGAUUCGUCCAAACACAUAGACUCUACAAAAGAUCCCCCGGAGAAGUCUGAGGGGCAGUCAUUUGCCGACAGUAUUGAUCUUAGCCGAGUGAAAGAGGAAGUGAUUGAAGAUGAGAGCCUGUUUGAUCAGCUUGACUGGAACCGAACCACACGUGACACAGACCAAGAGACUUAUGAUCCUCAGGCAGAGGGACACGAAGCCUCGGAAGAUCAGAUUGUGGCCGAAAACCUGGCUGCAGCAGCCUCCUCAUCCCUCUAUCCUGUCAUGAUCCACCAGAACACCGCGGGGCUGCCCAUGCCAGGCUAUGGAUCCCCCGUCUUUCCACAGAACUUCAGUGAACCCACCCACACAAUGUCCGCAAGCUCCUCCCCCAUCGCUUCCACCAGUGGCCAGCUCAGUCCCGGGGCCGUCUUUGGAGGGCGCCGGACACAACCAGGAAACUCCGGCCGAGGAAGAACCUUGGAAAAUUACGUGGAAUUUGUGCGCCCAAGUAAUUAUCCAGUUGGCCGUGGUCCGUACUCUGCUUAUAGGGAAAAACUGAAACAAGAAAAUCCAGUAAAAUGGAUGAAUUUCAUGUGGAGGGAAAGAGAACGUGUAAAAAAAGAACGGGCCGUUUUGAAAGAAAGAGAUGAUGAACAGGCGUUGAUGAAGAAGGAAAGAAUACGUAUACAGAAUCGGUUGCGGAAGCGGAAAGAGAGGCAACGAAAACGCGAACGUGAACUGAUGGCAAUUGUGAAAACUGAAACAGACAGUGCCCCAUCGGAUGCACAAUUGCGAAAUGCAGAAGAAUGGAGGAAAUCUGAUGUGUUUCUUCAUUCGUCCUUUAAGCACCAUGCUGGAUGUGAUGUGAACUUGUAGAGUACUCUGAAUAGAAACACGUGUAUGUUUGCAAGUGUCUGAAUUUACACGUAGUACUCUAAACUGGAUCGCCACGAUUUGACAGUUGAUCAAGGGCCUGUUCCUUAAGUCAAUCUCUGAUCGUAAUUUUCAAACUGCAUAGUUUACAAAAGGCAGACUGUUGAGGUCACUUUGGAACAGGACCUUGGUGAAAUUGUUAAUGACUGGACCAGUUUGAGUAAGUGUAGCCGUUACUGUGUGACUGCCAUCAUAGUAUUGUGCCUCUCGGUACGUGUGCCCUUUUAGCCACAUGCAUUUAUAGAGCAGCAUGCAUUCUGGGUAGUAAAGUAGGUCCCUGCAAUCAAUGCCGGUCGUAAACGGCAACUGACUUGACUAGGUGAUUAGGCUUGGUGAUUUGGUUCUACGCAUGCCAUUGCAUCUCAGUGUGUAGAUUGAUGCUCAUGAUGUCACCCACUGGGUCGUCUCCUCAUGACUUUAUUAUGUCCAGGAGGCUGAAAUGUUGUUGGAAUAUUGUUAAAUAUUUCGGCUUUAAGUACAACAAUCAAAUAUAUACUGUUUGUUCCAAGGGAAAUAGUGUACAAACAAGAAGUGUUAAAUUUUGGAGGCAUUUUAUAAAUAAGGAAUGCCUUAGUAUUGACACCUAGGUAUCCCACUUUCAGGGAAUUUUAGUUUGAGACCAAGAUUUGGAAGGUAUAGAGAUAUUUAUAAGAAAGUAAUCAAAUAAUGUUUUUUAUACAUUUAUAUAUUUUCUUUUGUUUUCUUUACAAAAUCAAAACAUUUUGCAUUUAUCCAAGCAUCUUUUAUCAGUUCAGCAAAAGGAUUCUGUAUUGAAGACACAAUAUUGACAUGAUGUAUUAGAAAUCCAUUUACGUACACAUUGUGAGAACUAUUUAUGAUUUGUUUGCACAAAUUGCAGUGCUAUUUAUGACACAUAGAUAUCUAUUUAUAAGGACAUGUGACUAACACUGUUGAUUUAUUGUUGUUGUGUGGAUAUAGCAGUUUUAUAUUCAUGUCUGUACAGUAUUAUUGAAUGUUGACAACGGUACCACCUAGUGAUAUCUUGCAAUAAUCAACUAACCUGUGGUAAUAUAGUGCCUUAAGUGUUCAGCCAGGGAACAGGGGGGUUGUGUUCACCGCAGUAUAUGUUAUAUGUAAUCGUCCUUUGGGGAUUCUGUGUUAGAAUAGGGCUCUAGAAACAAGGUCACAACAUGAGACAAAGUGGAUUGGGCACUAAGGCUUGAGCAGAUUGUGGAUUGGGUGGUCAGAUUUAAGGCUACUGUGUGUAUUGGGUGGUUAGAACUGAGUUGAUUGCAUGGCAUUUCAUGGCACCUCAAGGUCUAUUCUCAUUGUUUCUUCAUGCUAUAACUAUUAUGGAGGAAAAACAGUACAUUAAUUCGCUGUACAUGAGGGAUGCAGUGAGAUUGUGCUAAAUUUGAUUGUUUGUGCUCAUUUGUGACCAUUGGUUGGUCAGCAGUCAAAGCAGUCAAUUGACAAUCUUUUGCAUGUCCAAACAGUUUUCCCAAGCCUUUCUGCUUUGGUAAAGAAAUCCUUCAUGAAAGGUCUGAUUGCUUUAAACAUGGUUUCCAGUGAUACGGUGAUAAUGUGAUCUGACAUUUGAUUCCCAGAAAUAAAGCUACCAUAUUUGAAACUAUGUAUUUUAUAAAAAAAAAUGAUUACAAAUACAGAAGGAUCCUAGAAGAAUUUCUUAUUUCAUGCUCGAGCUGAGAAAUUCUUGACUUGACCAGUCAUUCUAGACUUAUUGGGGUUCCUUUUUCUAAUUUAUUCUCUAAGGUCUGGGAGAAAGAUCCCGCUAUUUUCUAAAGAACCUCAAUUGUAGAGUUGGUUAUGAGAGAGAAGGACCUUAAGAAACAAUAAAUAAGUUUUUCAUUUGGAAUGAUGACUUUUAAGUUUGCAAGUUGGUCAGAGAUGUAUUCAUUCCCACACCCUAGCUUUAACAGGGAAACAUCGGUUCCAAAUUGAGUGGAUCGAUGCUCAUGCUGUUGAUCACUGGAUUGUCUGGUCCAGACUCGAUUAUUUACAGACCGCCACCAUAUGGCUGGAAUAUUGCCGAGUGCGGCGUAAAACUAAACUCACUCACUUCAACAGGGAAAGCUUCUAGGACUGUGGCUUUGUGCCUCCAUUAGGCUCUGUAACAGAGUCCCAGAAAUAUAGUUCUUAUUUCAAAUGUAUGCAAUAGAAACUACAAUCUAAUUACAAACCAAGCAAUGUUUAAUUUUAGAGACUGGCACUAGACUUGACAAAUCAUUGUAGACAUGGAUUCAUUAUUCGAUUUAGAUUCUGUGGCCUAGGCGACUAUCUUCCAUGUGUAUUCUUAUAUGAUCUUCAGAGAUUGAGCUAUGUAUGCUUGGUAGUGACUCUGUUUCCUACUCUCUAGCCCAAGAAGCAAUCAGCUUCCAUGCUGAUAAUCAACUUAAACUUUGUCAGUCAUCGGUAUGCAAUGGAGAAAGCAAUAACAUCCUGAUAGUCCUUAUACCUCAUUGGUAAUUUCUGUACUUUUUUUAUUCCCUUUUAUCAUUUUCUCAGUUUUUGUCAUGUUAUUGAGGCAACAUCUGUCACUCAUCUUUGUGAUAUCUUUGUGUAAACAAUGGAAAAUCCGUUUUAACUUUGUUAAAGGGAGCUCAUAUUAGCUUGAUCAGGGGAGAAUUUCAAAAGUUUGUUUUUUUGUAAAUGUAAUCAUGUUGAAGUAAAGGUUGACAAAUUGUCCGUCCAAGAAAAUCACCUUUUCAGGGAUAAAAAAAAUAAUGGCUUUCAUUGUCUGGUUCUUUUGUGGAAAUGAAAAGAAUGUCUGUGGUUGGUAAACAUCGGUGAGUUUGUGCCCCGUCCAAAAUGUGUUCAAGUUGAUGUUGCUCCAUUACUUGGAUUAGCAAUGACUUGUUUUGUGUUAUUUUAUUUCUACCAAAUAUCUACAUUUUCACAAAGAAUGUCCACAAAUAUGUUUUAGCAUGUUUACGGGGCAAGUGUGAUAUGUCUCAAAGCUUAUGGAAUUACUGUUUUAUUUCUUCAUCAUACUCUUGAAUUGCUCCCGUAAGACUGUUUGUUAGCUGGACUGAGUAUACUGGGAUGUUCAUAUGUCUUGGAGGUUAUUGUGGUGUUCAAGGUGUGUUUUCUAACAGUGAUGAAGCAGGACGAGACUGAUGUGAAUGUACUUGAAUUGUUUCCUUGUUACGGAGGCUGUAUGCCACACUUAGAACCAGUACUGCCUUUUUACAAGCUUCGGUUUUUGCUGUGCCAAAUAUUUUCUGUUUUAGUAUGUGCUUUUCAUUUUAUUUACUUAACGUCCCCAGUCCAAUAAAACAGCAGUUGUUGUCAUUUGUGUUAACUGGGCUGAAGUUAGACACUUGUUUUACCAUUGACGUGACUGAAUGCCGCAGAUGCUGUGAGCGCUGCCCAUGUUGUGUAGAUUUGUGUAUUUAAUGGUGCAAGUGUUCCUCUGUUGUUAACUAACAAUCAUGUAAAGGAAUCAGGAGAAAUAGCUGAGUUUUUCUGCGACAAUUACCAACGAUAUAUGAUUUGUAUAGAUACUCAAUUGCGUGCCAAGGAAAGGGUCUCAAGGACAGAGUCCCAGUUGCUCCAACUUACCUCCCUUUGUUCUUUGAAUAUAUAAGAUGAAUUUUCUAACGGUUAGGUACCCACAUCUCAAAGAGAUCUUCAAAUACAACCACCGAUUUGAUUUGUGUUUUCUUGAAAGAGUGACUAUGAACUUAUGCUGGAUUGAAUUCUAAAAUUAUCUUUUCUUUGUUUUGUUUUUUCAGUUUAUUUUUAUUAUUAUAUUUUAUUUCGUAGUUCUUGUUACAGAAACAGACUAAGCACCUUUUUCAGAUGUAUAAAUACACAUAUGCUGUUAACUAUCUUAGAUUAAUAGACAUAUAUUAGUAGCUGUCUAUAUGCAAGUUUGUUUGAGAUUGCUGAAAGAUGAGUUCUAAAUUAAGGGUGUUCCUGUUAUCGUUCAGGUUUUCACUUACACUAUUUUGAAUCCGGGGACCUUUCAGGAAUUUGGGGUACGAACAGAUCUUCAUUGAUGUUCAUAAGGGGCAAUCAAAUGGAUGGAUGCUCAGGCUAAGUAAUUUGGUAGAGAGCGUGUCCUUGACAAAAUGUAAGGUUGCUCAUUAUAUUGAUCACUGGAUUGUCUGGGUUAGACAUUUAAUUACUGGAUGCUGUCAUUUUGCUGGAAUAAUGCAGAGUGUGGCGCUAAACAUCAAAAUCAUCAAAUGAAAUCCCAAUAUGCUUCCACAUUUGAGCUUUGACAAGGCCCCUUUUGCAUACAUGCCCAAUUUAGAAGUGUGGAUGUAAUAUCCUGUUUGAAUUGUGUCCCCAAGUUUAACAUAUCUUGCAGACUACAGCUGAGGAAUGCUGUUGGUUUAGAAGGUUAGUGUUGCUGUAUGUUGAUACGAACAUGUUGUUACGUUGAUUUUGUGUGUACUUAGAAAGAUAUUCAAGUAGCAUAAUAAAAGUGGAAAGUGGUAAACUUCA